GAACUUACAUCAGCACGUUGGCGUACUGCGUUGAGCGAAAACAUAAUUGCGUGACAGCACUAAAACGAGGAGGAAGUAGAGUUUUUAUUCCAUCGUGGUUAGCGAAAAAAAAGACAGAAUUGUGUCGUUUGAAAGAAAGUUUUUGGAGUCAUGAACUGACCAGAUAGAAUGUUUUUGUUGUGUUAUUACUAUAUAUAUAUUUGUGAAAGUUUCCCAUGCGGCAGUGGCGUUAGUCCUCUUUCCUCCCGUGUUGCGUAAGCCGCGUGGGUUUUUCCCAAUUGACCAAUCAGAAUGUGUAAACUUCGUUUACCUGCGUCACAAAGGCACGUGCGACUUACAGGGCUGAUGUAAACAGAGGAGCGCAAAGUGAGAUCCAAACCGGUUCCUCGAGCGAAGGACUUCGCAUAUAUUCCCUCUUUAUGUGAUCUAUAAAUCGUUGUCUCAACCUAAGUUAGAAUCAUGAUUGAGAAAGUUAAUUCUCAAUCAAAUAGUAAAGACGAUGCUUCAAGGAGUUUGUGGGUUUUUGGCUACGGUUCUUUGAUUUGGAAACCCGAUUUUCCUUUCGAAUACUGCGUUGUCGGCCAUAUCGAUGGAUUCGUCCGGCGAUUUUAUCAGGGAAGCACUUGGCAUCGUGGUGAUUCCGAAAAGCCAGGUAGAGUGGUAACCUUGGUGGAGGAAAAACAGGGCCGUGUAUGGGGCAUCGCAUACAAGGUAGCGAGGGAAAACGCCAAUCUUGCCUUGGGAAAACUCAACGAACGUGAAAUCGCUCUAGGGGGCUAUGAUCUUCGUCAUUUAUCUUUCAGUUGUAACGAGAAACCUUCACACAGAUUCAAUGUGGUGGCGUAUGCUGCGACUCCAAAAAAUGCUCUGUAUCUUGGACCAGCCUCGCCAGAGCAGAUCGCCUCACAAAUUGCCUACGCAAAGGGGAAUUCUGGCCUGAAUGUAGAGUACCUUGUUCGUUUAGCGGACUUUAUGAGGGAAAAAGUGCCAGAUUAUGACGAACGACACCUGUUUGAUUUGGAGAAAUUAGUCAAGAAAGAGUUAGGACUUUCCACUGAUGCUUUCACGUCAUGGACUCAGCUAAAAUACAACUUAACGAGUCGAGGAUGAAAUGAAAACCGCGGGUGAUGGUUGUAAGUAGGACAUAAUCUAAUGAAAGAAUCGAUAAUUCCAUGAAGAAAAUCUUUAUUAGAAACAACCGCACUCGUUUUGUAUUGCAAAGGAAAAAGGAAAAACACUGUCUAAAUGACGUCCAGUCACUUAGAAAAUAACGUUAAGUGACAUUGCAUUAAUGUUGAAUUACUUUGACUUUUAAUAGAAUUUACCCAAUUUCUAUACUAUUUAUUUUUAGGGGAAGUAAUUAUAAGGGGCUGACAGAAGGAAUAUUGAAAACGUAAUUCCAAAAGGAUUUGUUUUCAUACUUUCGCAUCUAUCUUGAUAAGAGAAUGAUUUAUGUGACGAACACUUGAAAACAAAGAUAUAUUAUAAAUAUAGUGUAAAUAGCAAAAGUUUUGCUCAACUAACGUCGGGCCGCUUCAAUUUUGACCCACAAAUUCUCGUCUUUUUGUUAAAAUUUAACAAACCUAAGUCAAAACAAGUCUUACGUGAAAGUAGGCUACAGAGGUUAGAGGGGUUUGUAAUAUUUGAUGAAAAGUAGGAAAAUUGCUUUCCAAUUGUUGUUAACUCCCACUCUGGAGGACUGAAAGUGUGAAACUAACGCACGCUUUGGAUACUUUUUACGUUGUUAAAAGGUUAUGUAUUUUAUAAGUAUGAAAAAGCGUUGACUUACAGGUUGCAAAAAAAAACAAACAAAUCUAAAAAGAUUUCUUGAUUAAAUUGAU